UAUUAGUCACAUAUUUUUGUUGAACAAGAAUCGACUAGCUAGAUCGAUACAAAUCGAUUUGGAACUCGAUUCUCGGUGAUUCACUCGAUGAUGGUUGACGUUGGUUAUGUUGGCCAGUAGAGAGGAAGCGUUAGGAAGCUGUGCGUGAUGUGGUCGUAUUUACAUGAGCUUCUGUUUGGCGCACUCGGGGCAGAUUAUGUCAGGUCCGUCAGUGAUGAAGCCCUUGCCAACGAGGGAGGUCUUGCACUGGGCGCAGAUGAAGCAAUCGUUGUGCCAGUGGCGGUCCUCGAAUGAGAUGAAGCGGGUGCCGCCAAUGCCGGUGAUGGGCUUGGUGCAGGAAGUGCACCUCUUGGCGAAGAGUUCUCCGAAGCAUUCAGCGCAGUAGGGCUUCUCGUCACGCGAUGUGAACCGCUGUCCUGCCAGGGAGGUGUUGCAGUUGGUGCAGGUGAAGCACUCGCGAUGCCAUGGCUCGUUCUUGUAGGUUACGCCACCUUGCGUGAUGAUCUUGUUGCACUUGACGCAGCGAGUGGCGAACUUGUCCUCGUAGCAACCAGCGCAGUAGAUCUCCUGCUCACGAGGGAUGAAGCUCCUGGUGCCGAUGGGGUUCUUGCAGACAACGCAGCAGAAGCACUUCUCGUGCCACUGCCUUGUCUUGUACUCCAUCUUCUUGGUGCCAGCACGGAACACCUCGCCACAGCCAUCGCAACGGCUAGCGAACUGGGCAUCAUAACAGUUGCCGCAGUAGAUCUUGUCAAGCUUGGAGCCGAACUGCUUGUCUACCAGGGAGACGCGGCACUUGGCGCAGAGGAAGCAGGCUUCGUGCCAGUGCUUGUCUUUGUACGACAGGUCCUUAGAGUCGAUGCCGAUGGUUUUGUUGCAUUCUUCGCAGCCGUUGGCGAAGACGCUUUCGUAGCACUUGAUGCAGAAGGGGUGCUCAUCCCUGAGGACGUAGCGCUGGCCGGUCAGCGACUCGUCGCACUGCCAGCAGCAGAAGUGACCGCUGUGCCAGUCCUUGUUCAUCGCCUUGGUGUACUCGCCACUGAAAAUAAGCUCGUCACAAGCAUGACACCGCGGUUUCAGUCGCUCUGCAUAAUGGCGAACGCAAUACAAUCGUCCGUCUAACGCACAAUACGCUAGUUCGACAAGUAAUUCUUCACAUUCCGCACAUGAGAAGCAUGUUGGAUGAAAAUAUGCUUCUUCACCUAUCCGCGGUGCCUGAACGGUGAUACUCCCACUUCGAAUAGGUUUAUUGCAUCCAGCACAAUCAACAGAUGCACCGUGAUAUUGACUAGCAACGCCAAUGUCAAGUGCAAUUUCGUUCCUAGCCGCGACGAAGUCUUCAUAUUGUUUUCGAUGAUUUUCAUCGAUAUGUCUGCAGUGUGCUAAUGAGAGAUCUUGUUUCGGUAACUGGGAAGCUAAAGCUCUAGUUCGCCAGGCCCUCCACGCCGCUGGGCCGGUGGCGCCACCGAGGCCGGUCGGUGCGCGCUCUGCUAACGACGACCAGUAUAAUUCGGUCUGCUUAGCAGUAAGUCCAGGGGGGCUAUCAUACGAGUGGUGGUUGAUCUUGGACUCCCUCAGGCCAAGCCGGUCGCGAACAGAACCCAACUCCUCGUGGUACACCGAGUGCUUCAGCCGGUCGCAACCACAUGACUUGCAAGUUUUUCUGGAAAUAAACA